AACCUUUAGGCGAGUUCUGCCUUCUUCGAUCGAUAUCACGGAAAAAAGAAUACGCUUUCGACUGUCGAAGGUUUUGGAGUUUUUGAGUUUAGAAUUGAAUUGGGAGACAAAGAGCAACGGAUAUGCAGACGUUGGGUGAAUUCAAGCUGCCUCAUUUCUUCAAUUACCCUCCCUAUUUCACUUUGCAGCCAGUGAAGGACACCAGGGAGAAGCAGAUACAGCUCUGGAAGGAGCUGAUACUCGAAUAUUGUCGGACACACAAAAUCUUUGUGGUUGGACUCGAUGAAGACUUCCCACUGUUUAGCAAUCAAGUGAUUGAAAGAUCCCUAAGUCAUGAAGCUAGGGAGGCAUUUCUCUCAGCUCUAGUAUCAGAAGGACGUGCCGAAUGGUUGGAUAAGAGUCAUAGAAAAUGUCUCCUCCUCUGGCAUCGCAUACCUGAUUGGGCCGACCUUAUAAUAAGCUUUGUUAGGGAUAAUGGACUUGAAGACAGUGUGAUGACUGUUGAGGAAAUACGUUCAGGAAUUGAGUCUCGAGGGACAGAGCUUCAUGGAAUGGACCGUACUAUUCUUAUGCGAGCCCUAAAACACCUAGAACACAGGGGGAAGCUCGCGAUCUUCAAAGGGACUUCUGCCGAUGAUGAAGGCGUCAAGUUUUCCAUAUAGUUUGUGUAAUUGCAUAAAUGAUUGGACUUGUUGUGGAAACUGGAUUCUGUCAAAUUUUUAUAGUUAACGGAUGUAUCAGUCUCCCCUUCUGUAA